AUGGAGCGACUACGGCACUACGAGAAUGUUCUGCGUGAUGCAGGAAUUCCUUUUGAGCCUUUUGAUACUGAGCGAAUGGAUAAAUCCACUACUGAUUCAACGGCGCAAGCACAGGGAGAAGCAGCAAGGCAAAAGGGAGAAGGAGAAGAAGCUUCACUAGCUCUCCAAGAAGGUAAAUUAAUUACACACGAUGCGAACAAAAAAUAUUACGAGCAUCAACUUCUGGCAAGUUUGGGUGAUGAGUUAAAGCAGAAUCUACAUGGAAUGCCAAUACGUGCACCAUCAACUGGACUAUACUCCUCAUACCUGCUUCUGGGGUCGAUGGCAUCCAGUCCUCCAGCUGAAUUCCCCUCCAGAUCAGAGAUCUUCAAGCUGUGGUCAACCUUUUGUGACAAUGUUGAUCCGUUAACUAAGAUCCUCCAUAUACCCUCAGCAAAUGCUCUUUUGACUCAAUCACUGCGAUCUGAGGAGAGCGACUUCAUUUCACAAAAGCUGCAGGGUUUGAUUUUUGCGAUCUGUGCAUGUGCAGUCAUGUCGAUCGGGGACAAUGAAUGCCAGGAUAUGCUGGGCUCAAGCAUAUCCUUAGAAUCGCUCCUUGCAGCUACUGCAGCCUCGCUGGUUGAGUCUUCCUUUAUGCAGUCCCUUGAUCUUAUUACCCUCCAAACCUAUGUGCUGUUUCUUACAGCCUUGCAGCGAGAUUGCGAGCCUUCAUGUUUUUGGACACUGGUUGGUAUUGCUAUUCGAAUUGCUCAGACCAUUGGUAUUCACCAAGAUGGGACCAAAUUUUCACUUUCCCCCUACGAAACCGAGAUGCGGCGUCGUCUUUGGUGGUAUAUCGUAAGCCUUGAUAUACGCGCUACAGAAAUGGCAGGAUCUGGAAAAGCCACCGUCCCACAAUCAUGGACCACGACUUUGCCGUUGAACAUAAAUGACGAAGAUAUAAGCUCUGAUAUGGCCACAUUCCCUUCGGAGCAUCUCAAAGUAACGGAAAUGAGCUUCCCCCUCCUUCGAUAUGAGACAUCUCGGUUUUUGCAGGCUCCUGGCAAUGGCAAGUUGUCUGGCAAUCUUGAGGAUACGAUAGCAGGAUCCAGCUUUUCGUCCUCUCGUAUUAAGAACCUGAAAAGGUGUUUCGAGGAGCGGUUCCUGCGCUUUUGUGAUCCAGUAAUACUCUUGCACGUCCUGUUGACGGUCACGGCUCGCUCCACGAUAUGUAAGCUCCAGCGCAUAUCUGAGGUAUUUUACGCCUCCGAUAAGAAUCGUCUUCACUCGCUCAAUAAUACAGAAACAAAAAUCUUAUACGGGAUUAAAAUGCUACAAUAUGACGAGCUUGUUCACGCCACGAAGUCUUCCGAAAAAUUCCGGUGGUAUGUUGUCAAUUAUUUCCCUUGGGAAGCAGUAAUUGGAAUGCUCAAAGCAAUCACCGCUCAAGAGACGUGGAAUGAUGGUAAAGAAACUGCUUGGAAUCAUAUAAAGGAUGUAUACAACCAUCACCCCGAGUUCAGCCUCCGCAGCUCAGGGGUGUCAGGGGUUGUAAGUAAACUGACGCUGGCAGCGUGGGAAACACGGCUUCAGACCUCCAACAGCAUGAUGGCUCCAAAAUUGCCAGGUUUCAUCGAACGGUUAUACUCUCAUUGCAACCAGUCAUCAAAUUUACUCCCUUUCAAUGCACGCACUCCUAGCUUGGAACAUAACCAUGCUGCCACUCAUAUUAGCCCGGGGUUAAUGCUGGGUGACCAACAGCUGCAACAAACGUCUUUCUGGGAACCCCAGGACAUGGAGGUCGUUUCAUGGGAGUCCAUUAUUUUGCCCUUUAAUCAAGUUGAAAACGAGAAUCUAUAA